UGCGGGUCUGGAACCUCCAUUUGGGCGUUUAGUGACUGUAAUGAGCCUCACUUUUAGAAAGUUGUAGCAACGUUUUAAGAAGUUAAGUCAGAGUUAUGGUUGGAAAGACUCAGACAUUCACUGGACUGGGGGAUUUUUAAAAACUGGGGAAGAAAUUUCCUGUCUGACCUGCCAAGAGAUUAUAAAAAAAAGUCUGGGGGACCCAUGGUGGAAUAAGAUCUGGGCCUGUAGGUGAGAUCAGGAUGUCGACGCUGCCGUCUGAAAACAACCCCGAGGAUGCAAAUAAUCGGAGCUUCUGGAUGCCUGGGAACUAUCAGCGCACCGUGAAGCGAACAGAAGAUGCCUUCCAGGCCUGUAAUGACAUAGUGGCCUGUUUCCAAGAGAGAGCCCGUGUGGAGCGGCAGUACGCCCAGCAGCUCAGUGAAUGGAGCAACAAGUGGAAACCAGUGGUCGACUCCAGUCCGCUGUAUGGAUCUCUAAUGAAAGCUUGGCAGUGUUUUCUGUCCUCCGCUGACCGGUUGGCCUCCUUACACGCCUCCAUCUGUCGCUCCCUUGUCUCAGAGGAUGGAGAUCGAGUCCGGACCUGGCAGAAGGAUAGCUUCCACAAAAAGUUAUUUGGAGGAUUCAAGGAGUCCCAAGACAUUGAGACAGGCUUUACACGUGCUCAGAAACCCUGGGCCAAACGACUCAAAAAGCUUGAUAAAGCCAGGAGGGCGUACCAUAAGGUCAGCCGCAAGGAGCAGGCGGUCAGGGAACGGGAGACCCACGCUCAGGGAAACCCAGAUGUCCCCAUUGACAAACAGAAAAAAAUCCAGGAAGAGAGAGAGCUGGCUCAACAGGAUGCAGAGAAGGUUCGUGCCCGCUAUGAAAAAGUCCUGGAGGAGGUAAACCGUUACGCUCCUCGCUACAUGGAAGAGAUGGAAUCCAUCUUUGACCAAGCACAAGAUGAGGAGCGCAAGAGGAUCAUCUUCCUCAAACAGGCCUUCCUCUCCAUCCACAAACAUCUGGACAUUACCAACGAUGAGAGUGUAAGGGCUGUGUACAAUGAGCUCCACAACACACUGAUGGCCAUUGAUGAGCAAGAGGACCUUCGCUGGUGGAAAAACACCCAUGGGCCAGGCAUGCCCACUGACUGGCCUCACUUUCAGGAAUGGACACCUGAAAAGAAAACCAAAAAAGGGAAGAAAGAAGUGGAAAAGAAAGGAACAAUAGAGAGGAGUGCGAUGAUUGGAGGUGUGAGAGUAAGAGCUUUGUAUGAUUAUGUUGGCCAGGAGACAGAUGAGUUGUCCUUUAAAGCAGGUGAGGAAUUCUUGAAGAUUGAAGAUGAGGAUGACCAAGGCUGGUGUCGUGGAAUGAAGGAUGGUGGUUGGGAAGGACUUUACCCAGCCAACUAUGUUGAGGUGGUUUAAUUGUUGUAUGUGCUACAUCAUGUACUUCAGGCCACUGUGGAAGUCACAAUCUGGCUAAUGUUACAGCGUCAGAUACAUAAAAACAUGCUGUAAACACCAAGAAGCUGUUAACCAAAGAAAUGACCAGUGAUGAGCACUAAAUGUUGACAUCUUAGCAUAGAGAGAGUUUCAAAGCUGCAGGCUGAGUAAUCUCUUGAAGGAUUUUGACAAAUGUUUUAAUAUAUACAGUAUGCAUAGACCACUUGUAUUGAAGCCAUAUGAUAAGCAAUGCUUUAAUGUAAAGUUAAAAAAUAUAUAUGCUGGACUUUCAAGGUACAAAACCUAUUUGGUGCUGAAGUUACACUACAGGACUGGUAUUUUCUCAAGAUGAAUUAUGUGUUCGCACCGAAACACAUUGUUAUAAAAAACGCUCACAAAACUUAACAAGCAUAUGAAGAAAGUGAUGCUACACUGUGAGUAUGAUUAGUAGCAGCUGUACAAGUGGAGUCAGCUUGGUAGGCUUAAAUAGCUAUACGACCCGCAUUUCUUUUAUGACGUUUGGUUUAAAGAAACAGUCAAAGUUUUUGAGGAAUAUCAUUGUUUGAUGUCAAAUAAGUCAGAUCUGGCUGCAGUAAACAUAAUAGAUCUGACUCCAGUGUUCUCUUGAAUGACUCCAAACAGUACUGAUUGGAUGACAUGUGGGUAUUAAAAUAUUACACUGGGAGAGCAAGAAAUGUGUAGUUAAGUCCCUCUAGUAAAUGUACAGUAAUCCAUUUAUUGGUAUGCAGAGCCAUGAAAUAAUGUACCUGGCUGUAGGAAAUGCUGGCCUAUUUUAAUUUGUGGCCUUUGCUUCAAUAUUUUCUUGUAGUGCAACACCUUGUGGUGCAAUAUAAGUAACAUACUGUGUAAAAAAAAGACGAUGGAGGAAGUAAUGAAAGGUAUAUUUUUCCAGUUUUGAUGGUGUGAGGAGGUGGUGUGAUGGAUGGUGUGUGUGCUUAGUUUCCUCGUGCCAAAAUCCAACAAACCUAUAAACCUUGUAGAACUUUGAUAGUCUUUUGGGAAGCAGAGAACAUGCCACUGAUGUAAUACAAUAGAAAGAAAUCUUCAUUAGGUUCUUGUGUUGAUGUCAAACAUGUAUAUUUCUUACAAUGUCAGACUGUUCCUUUGUUAUAAGUACUGGGGAACAAAUAGUUUUCCUGUCUGUCUGUAAUAUCUAACUGUCUGCUACUAUAUGUCUGAUGCCUGUCUUUUAGAGCAUCUCUACCAAAGGAAGGUAAUAGCUUGCCUUUGUCAUAAUUCUCCUUAAAUAUUUGUGUAUUUGCUGAGUUUUCAUUUCAUUUGUCAAAACUAUCUAUUGACCCCAAGAACACUUUUUUUUUUUUGCAAACUGUCUGUCUUUUGAAAAUAAAAACUAAAAACU